AUGGUGCUUGCCGAAGGCGCUGGAAUCUUCGGCCUCGUAUCUACCUGCAUUGCUUUCUAUUCGAUGGUGUCUAACGGUGUGACAUUAAUCCACCAGGAGAUCAAGGACUCGGAGCACUAUAAGACCGAUGUCAAGACGCUUAUUGACAAAACAGGCAGGCAGGAGAGGAGGCUGCAACAAUGGAAGAAGGACUGGUUCGUUUAUGACGGUAUAGAUGAAUCGUUUUACAGGAGCCUUUGGGGUGGGACAGAAUAUGCAACCAUCCAAACCCAGCUCGAGAGCCUAGCGGAACGGUGUGGUGCCGCCAGAAAAGAGUUGGCUACUGUUCUUGAGUCCACGCAACCCGCAACAGGAAGGGGGUUAUGGCAGCAGGUGAAGGCGAAAGUUCGCAAAGCCUGGUUCAUCAAAACGAGAAAGAGAGUGUAUUUGAGCGCUCUCCUAAGCGACAACACCGAAGCCUUAGACGCCAUCGCACAGGCCAGCAAAGAUGGUUGGCACCGACAUGACGAUCACCCGCCGGACAAUGUCGAUACCAACAGCGUCAAGCGAUUCGCCAUCGCGCAUCUACUAGCGCCUGUGGCCAGUAAAACAACACCUUAUGCAGAUUAUCUGUGGCUUUCUUCAACUUCUAACCGGGAAGCUCUCACGUCCGAAUUGGAUUUGGACAUCUUCGGCACUUCGCAUGCAACCACCAGAGCAGCAUCCGAAAGCGCAAUUGCCAGCGCAGCUGCCGGAAAGCGUGUACAGCUGACAAUCUUGACAAGGCAGGCUGGUUGGCAAGCUGCCGACAUGAACCGAAUCUGCGUUCGACCAUCCGAAUCAACCGCGGAUUCCCAGAGCGAGCCCUGGAUCGACGCUCUUCGGCAAGCGAGCUCCAAAACUGAUACUGAUCCAUACUCUUUCAGAGCGACAGAUGAAUUGGAUCUACACCUCUUCAGAUCUGCACAACCCUUGAAUCCAGCGGGUGGAAAUCGGAGAUCAUUACGGGACAUCCAGUCCGGAAACCAGCCCCCACGUUUCGAAAAUAAUAAUCUCCUUGGAAUGAUCUCGAAACUUAGAGUCGCAUUUGAGCUUUCUCAGGCAUGCUUUCUCUUCUAUUUUAAUGCGCAUUGGUCCUCGAGGGUCUGCAGCUGCAGAGUGCGCCGCGGGACACCGGCGGACUAUGGAAUUGAGGGAUACGACGAAUCGCGUUGCGACUUUACGCUCCUACUCAGUGAAGUUGAGCAUGAGCCUUCUCCGUGGGCGACUAUGCAGUGGGAGAAUCCCAACGACGCCCCCGCUGGCUGCUGGGGCGAAGCCAACCAUGGCCCAGAUAUUGUGAAUCCACUCCGGCGUCUCGCGGUGCUCCUGGUCGAAGUGACACUCGGUAGGACUGUCCUGGCGGCUGCAUAUGAUGCCGAGGGCAGAAUUGGAAGUAUCGAUUUCGUGGAGAGUCAAGACAAUCGCCUCCAGCGUAACUCAGUCCUCCUCACAGCAGUGUUGGACGAUGUCCUCCUGGCAAUGGGCAGUGACAUGGGCUUCAGAACUGCGGUGCAUUUCUGUGCGACCACGCCAGGACCGCAGGGUUUUGGCGAUGCUGCGGUAGAAACGUUUCUGAGAGGAGUCUACAUCGACGCGGUGUACCCGUAA